GCUACCCCCACAAAGUACCAGGAAGUGCCAAAUGAAGGCAGCAGUUCUUACGCCGAACGUCAUUGGGUCCCACAAUGCCCUGAUAACUACAUUCCAAGGGUCGGCAUGGUUUUCAAGGACUUGGAUGAUGCGAUUCGUUUCUAUCGUGCUUAUGCUGCUGAGGCGGGGUUUGAUGUGCGCAAGACUACCACUACAAAGAAAGAGGGCUCCGUUGUUUGGCAAUAUGUUGUUUGUAGCCGCGAGGGUAAAAAACAUGUCCCCACAAUCUCCCACAAUGAUGCAUCACAUGACAUUGGACAGGCUGCAUUAUCUAAACCUGGGAGAAGAAGACGCAUUUCUAAGCGUAUAGGCUGUAUGGCACGUGUUGCAUUUCGCAUCCUUGGACAUGAUGGUUACGUUCUCAGCAUAUUUGAAGAACAGCACAACCAUCCUCUCACUUCUCUCCCCUACAGGCCAUUUUUGAAGAUCAACAGGAACAUUGAUCUAGGCCAUAAGAAGUUCAUACUCAACUGUGCUAAAGCGAGCAUUGGUACCAUGAAAUCAUACCGACUUUUCAAGGAGUCCGUUGGUGGGUAUUCAAGUGUUGGUGCUACUGCUGUGGACUUCAAAAACUUCAAACGUGAUUUGAAGGCCUAUAUUGCCGGUGGAGAUGCUCAAAUGGUCAUUGACAAAUUAUUCCGAAAAUCAGAAGUAUGCCCUGGAUUUCGGUUUGAUUAUGAAGUUGACGAGGACGACAAGCUUUCUAGGCUAUUUUGGUGUGAUGCUGCUUCCAGGAAAAGCUACUCCCUGUUUGGUGAUGUUGUCUCCUUUGAUGCCACAUAUCAAACCAACAGGUCAUACAUCUAUUAAUUUCCAUUUAUCACAUCUCACCUCAUCCCAAUAUAUCAUGCAACUCUUUGUUGAUUCAUAGCACUAUCCAUGUCCUUAUCACUUGU